ACAUUCAAAAGUACUUUCAAAGUUUUUUCGAAGUAAAGCUCAAUACAACAAUCGACCAAUGACUUCAAUACGUAAAAAACUUGUGGUAGUUGGGGAUGGUGCUUGUGGUAAAACAUGCCUACUUCAUGUGUUCAGCAAAGGUUCGUUUCCAGACUUUUAUAUACCCACUGUGUUCGAAACCUAUGUAGCAGAUAUUGAAGUAGAUGGAAAAGAGGUUGAGCUGGCUUUGUGGGAUACUGCCGGCCAGGACGAUUAUGACAGAUUACGACCGCUCUCCUAUCCAGACACUGAUGUUAUUCUUUUGUGUUUCUCUAUUGACGCUCCAGACAGCCUGGAGAAUAUACGCGAGAGGUGGACACCAGAAGUUAAACACUUCUGUACAAAUGUUCCUAUCGUUCUUGUUGGAAACAAGCAAGAUUUGAGAGACGAUGAAGAUGUUAGGUGUGAACUUGCUACAAUGAAACAAGAACCAGUGAAAUUAGAGGAUGGGCGUGCAAUGGCUGAGCGUAUUGGAGCUUUCUCCUAUUUGGAAUGUUCUGCCAAGAGCAUGGACGGCGUAGUAGAGGUGUUUCAGGAAGCUACAAGAGCUGCGCUACAAGGCAAAAAGAAGAAAAAGAAGAAAACGUGUAGAAUAUUCUAACAUUUUAGACUUUUACAGCAGCCAGACUAAUCACUGUAAUACUAAGUACACGGACAGUGUAACAGAGGUGUUUGAGCAAGCUAGAACUGCGCUACAAGGCAAACAGAAAAAGAAGACAAAGUGUGGAAUAUUCUAACAUUAAAGAGAUUUUCGGCAACGGAGCAAACAACAAGAGCUGCGCUGCAAGUAGAAAAGAAGAAGAUGACAAAGUGUAGUAAAGUUUAAUAUUUUAGACUUUUACAGGAACAAACUAAUUACUGUAUUGCUUAGAGCACGGACGGGGGUAAGAUUAGCCUUGAUCAUUUGGCUUAUCGGUAUGACUUACUUUAUGAUCUGAUAUUUUAGUUAUCACGCUGUCCCGAAACGUCCUAUUAUUUGGACUAGGGUAAGAUAUGUGUUUGAGAAAUACAACUGAAUACUGUUUAGCUUAGAACAUGGAGGGCGUUCGAGAUAAAUUGAGCAAGCACUUUUUUGUGCUACCAGUAAACGUUAAAGAAUAAGAUAAAGUAUUGAAUAUCUUACCAUAAUAGACUUUUACUGCAACGUUUGCUAUUUGAUAAGCUUAUAAGACAUAAAUCAUAUGCUUCAUGUUGCAAAACUUUACAAUGUGAUUAUAUAUUUUCUGUAGGAUUUAGAAAUAUCUGUUUAAAAAGGAAAAAAUCAACAGCUGUUUAUCAUCUAGUUACAUGAGAAAGCAUUUGUAUUAUAUUUCUAUUAUAACUGUGAUAUUUUAUUUGUAUUCUAGAUUUGUGAGAUCCGAAUGUGUUCUUUUUGAAGUUGUGAAAAUCUUAUGAAAAUGAAAGGUUAUGAAUGUUUAAUACUGUAUUAAUGCAUAAAUAUGUGUACAUGUGUGGUAAACAUUUUAAUUGUUAAUGAAAUUGUAUAAGAA